AAAUGAUUUAAUUUGGCUGUGCUGUAGGGGUCUUCUUAUGUGCUCUUCUCAAGCAACGGUUAAAAUCAGUUAAUGAAAAAGACAACACGUUCCUUUGGGAUAGGGUAGAGCUAGCCUAUAUCUAACCUGUAGGCUAUAUCUGGACCAAUGGGCUUUCUUAAUUGAUUGUAUGCACAGUAGGGGACUUGUUGAGCCAAAGUUAGCCCACUGGCAUUCAUGUCUGCAUCAAACCACGCGUGACAUCAUUGGAUUAUUUACGUUCUUAGACUGUGGCUGAGGUUUCAGUGCAUAAGUCCUGUGAAGCACGUUUUCACAUAUUUGGAGCGCUUUGGCGUUUCUCACGCCUGCACGCACGCACUCAGGCAAUUUCGCUUUCGCUCGGUCCUCCCCUCCCACCCGCCAGCCUUCAAAUCAUCUGCUCUGCGCCGCGUUUCCUGUUAGCAUACCUCCUAUCUGAGACAGCAAAGGUAAACGUACGCACCCUCCUCCGCUCGCUCGUCUCUGAAUUUUCCUCCAGCUUGGCAGCUGCUGCCGUCGCGAAAUGGACAACUCCAGCAAACCCAGAUUAUCUAAACUUGGGCUCCAAAAGGCACUGGGCCGAAGCGACCACACGGCCGUUGUGAAUGGCAACAAUCUCUACGUGUGGGGAGGAUGUCAGACGGUCGACGGAGAAGAAGUGACUUUGCCCAGUGAUGAGAUGUGGGUCUAUGACACGGAAAGUGGUCUCUGGGCCCUGAGGGAAAUGAAGGGAGAUAUUCCACCUCUCUUGUCUCAGACAUGUAGCUCCCAUCUCCAGGACUGUCUCUAUGUCUUCGGGGGCUUUGAUGGCAAUGGCCACACCAACCAGAUGUACUGUGUGAACCUGGACGAUGGAGAGUUUGUCUGGAAGAGGAUGACAGACCCAGAAGGAACCCCUCCCUCUCCCAGGGACAAGCACUCCUGCUGGGUCUACCGAGAGAGAAUCAUCUACUUUGGCGGUUAUGGGUGCAAGACGGUGCGGGAGAUCAACAAUGUCAAGAACUUCACAGUAGACCACACAUCCUGGGCCACCAUAGGCACGGUGAUCUUCAGGUUCUGGGGCUGGAAUAAUGAGGUCCACAUGUUUGAGCCUGAGACGAACACCUGGUCCGAGCCUCAGACACAGGGCGUACCCCCAUCUCCGAGAGCUUCUCAUGCCAGUGUUACCGCUGGCAACAAAGGCUACGUGUGUGGGGGCAUGGAUUCCACUGACAUGGACCUGCACUGCCUUGAUCUGGACACAUGGACAUGGACCCAGAUAUACCCCACUGUUGGGCCCCUCCCGGUUGGACGCUCUCUGCACACGCUCACAGCUGUAUCAGAAGAUAAACUCUUCCUGUUUGGCGGUUUGAGUGCAACCGGGCAACCGCUGAGUGAUGCGUGGGAGUUUGACACCCGGACCAGAGAGUGGAGGGAGAGGGACCAGCAGCACAGGGACCAGCCCAGGCUAUGGCAUUCGGCUGGGCUGGGAAAAGACGGAGACGUGGUGGUGUUUGGGGGAACCCGAGAGUACACAGUGCUUAUGGACUCGGUGGCAGUCCUGAGGGCGCCGUCGCAGAAUCAUUGCUCAGACGUGUUGGUCUUCCAGAUGCAGCCUUACUCCCUUCUCAGGUUAUGUGAGAACUGCAUCGGACAAAAUGACACUGUUCUGACAGAACAGGUGUCAUGGCUACCACGGAAACUCAAGGCCAGCAUUCUGAAGAGGAUCUCGUACUACAGCGCAAACACUGAAUGUCAGCAGAAACAAACCCUCUAACGGACACCCUUGAUUAACGGCUCUGGCACAAAUUACAGCACUUUAGUUUGUCGGUCAUUUUUGUAAAGUCUCUUGUGUUUUACUGUUUAAAUUUUUAAGUAUGUUUAACUGUUUUUGUCAUUUUUUUGGUCAUUUUAAAGGAACACUUCUGUUUAAUGUUGUGUAGGCUAACAGGAGAUUUAGCUGCACAUGAGAAAACACUGCCGGAAUGGUUUGACUGUUAAGGCACACCAUGAUAUUGUAUAAUAGUAAGAUUGUUUUUUGAAACUGGAUAAGACAUUUAAAUAAAGAUAUUUUCUCUA